GGGUGGGACCCGAGCUUAGGACUUACUCCCAAAAGUCCACGUCAUACAUCUCUUCAACGGCCCUUAUCCAAAUUCCCCUUCUCUUCUAAUCCCCCGCCGCCACUCUCUCUCUCUCCUCUCAACCUCUCAUUCUCCAUAUUCCGCCGCCGUAUUUUCACCAUGAAACCCCAAUUUUCCCACCGCAAGCUUCUUCUGGAAGCUUCCGAUUACGUGAAUCUACCAUCCCCCGAUCUUCCUCUUGAAGUUGAAACCACAACCCAAAAUCCAUCUUCUUCUCGUUCCUUCAAAUUCUCCCAAUUAUUCCCACCCUUCAACCUGAAAACCGCCUUCAUCCUCCUCACCCUCCUCCUCCUUUUCUUCCUCUUCACCAUUUUUUCCAUCUACAUCCGCCGCUUCGCCGAACGCCGCUACCCUUUUCCACCGCCGCCCCUCCGGCCGCCGCAUACGGCGGCGACUUCCUCUGCCAAUGGUCUGGACCGGACCGUCGUUUGGUCGCUUCCGGUUUCUUCUUAUCGUUGCGACGAUAAGCUUCAAGUGGAUUGUCCGAUUUGUCUGAGCGAGUUUGAGGCGGGGGAGAGGGUUAAAACGAUACCGUUCUGUCGACACGUGUUUCAUCCUGAUUGCAUCGAUAGGUGGCUGUUCUCGCACGUCUCUUGCCCCGUUUGCCGGUCGACGGAAUUCGACGGGACGGCGUCAGGAGGAAGAUGGACGGUGAGAGAUGGUGACACGUGUGUGGAGGUUGGGACACGUGGCUUAAGGAGGAGCAGCAGUUGGUCCAACUUUGCUGGGAGAGGUUCCUUGGGAAGAACGCUGACUUUCUGACACACGUGUACAUGUAAAGUUACCGAAGGAAAUCUGACGUUGGCAAAAGUUAUUGAUAGUUUGUUUCUAAAAUUAGAAGGGUAGAAUAGGGGUAGUGUCGUCUUUUUCUUCGUGGAAUUUUUACUUCAAUUUUCUCAUUACAUUAUACCCAUGCUCUUAAUUGAUGUGAAUUGAAUUAUAGAAGGGUGAGAAAUCUUUUUUCUAAAGCAGUCAGUUUGUCGUCAGUAUGUUGGUACCAACGACAAGAAGUGUGUUUUAAAGAGGAAAAAAGACUGUUCAUAAAAGAGAAAGAUCUAUAUGUUAGUAUGGUGUUUGAGUCAAGUAGGAUUAAAGUAGAAUAUAGUAUUUCAUUCAAUCAUAUAAUCAA